AUGGCUAACCUGACGGUGUAUCUUCAUGGCAGAGCACAUAACCUUCUGGAAGUAGACCUUCGAGUUGAGAACGUAGAACCAAUCCUGAAGAACCUGCUGGGUCGUCCGCCCCGCGGCUCUGAGAGGGAACCCGCCGGGGGGACCAGAGGGCAUUCGCAGUCGAAGAACGGGGAAGGCAAAAGAAGAAGAGAGGGUGGAGAAGGCGAUGAUGGCGCGGGAAAUGAAGCUUGUUCCUCCAGCAUCAGCAGCUAUCUAGACCGAGCCAAGGCCAUGUGGACUGGUGGCCGGAGAGUCAGUGAGGGCUCUCCCAGGUGUUGGGUCGGGGUGAAGGUGUUUGGAAACGAGAUCAGCGUGUUCACCUGCGACGACCUCCACACCCAGUUCAACCAGCUGUCCAUGACGGUGGCAGGGCUGGCCGUCAGGCUGCUCAAGGGCCAGGAAGUCAAGCUCAGCCACCGGGCAGUUCUGAUGGCGGAGGAGUUGGUGAUGCCGUCUCUGUCGGGGAUGCCCAUCCGCCUAGCCCUCAACAUGACCUCCCUGCUCUCGCUGCGGCUGAAGGGCAGCGGGAACUACAGAGACCCCAGCCACCUCUCUCUGGCAGGCUUCAUUAAGCCAAAGUAACUCAAUAAAAACAAGUCAGAGUGCAGGAACUGCUCGCAAACACCAAUGUUGCGGCCAAACGUGAAUAAACGACACACUUCACCAAUGGCGCAUCUCAGCUAUAAUAUUGCUAGUUUAACACUUUGAUGAAAUAAACAUCAU